UUUUAGCUGUUUAAUAUGUUUAUGAACAAGAUAAGGUCAGUUCGAUGGCUAUUGUUCUCCCUGUGCCUUAUAGCACUUGUCUUGAUAUUCUCAGCACAAUUCGAUCAGAUUCAAUUUACCACGUUAUCAAAACAAAACAGCAUUACUCAGGACACAUUGUCACAGCAGACGAUAACAGACAAACUGCAAGUUCAAGAGCCAUUUCUCAAUGUAUCCCAUGUACAAGAACGAGCUAAGAAAUAUGACAUUGCUAUUCCUCAUCCUUCGCUAACAUGGACAGGUAGAUCAG